UGCGAGGGAAGAGCUUGUAUGUAUAUUUGAAUGCUUCCUGGGGAAGUUGUAUAGCCUAGGGUGUCUAGUAAGGGAUAAGAGAAGAAGGAGGAGGAGACAAACACGAAGGGGGGCUAGGAGUUAAGGGAAGAAUGCAGAAKCUGGGAGGCGGUAUGGUUYCCGGAUUSGCUAGUGGGAUUGUCGUUAACGGAGGUAACCAACCGGGGGUGGUCACGUGUCAUAAUUGCGGGAAAGUUGGGCAUUAUGCCCGAAACUGUUGGGCCGCAGGAAACGGGAGGGGACCACCAGUUCAGCAUCCCUUGGCGAAUGAAAAUGAUGUCGAAACCAGGGAAAUGCGCGAGUAUUUCCGGGAGAAAAUUAGGAGGAAGAAGCUGGAUGAGGAAAAGAAGGAGAGGGAGGUKGAGGAGAGGAGACGGAAGGAGGAAGACUUUCGGAAAGAACAAGAUAGGAUAAAGGAGGCGGAGGCAAGGGAAGCUAGACUGGAGGCGAGACUGAUGSGGCUGUUAGCACAGCAUAACAAGCAGAGUGCACAGCCCGAGAGUUGGAAUACCAAGAAGAAGUCUCCUAGGACGAAAGCUAGGGUAUUGAGGGAAAUAAGGAGUUAUUUGGAAGAGUCGGAUAAUGAUAGCGAGGAGGUUAGGGAGGAGGCCGGGAGACUUGUUGAAGCAAUUGAAAAAAGGAAGGGGAAGCGAGCAUAUUAUCGUGAAGAUGRAAGGGGUUCAAGGAUUCAUUACCGGGAGGUACCGGUAAAGAUCGAAGAUGACGAAGAAAGGACUCCUCCACCGACGAAGAAGAGGAGUGAAGAUGACAGCAUGCUGGAAUUUGCAAUCGAACUUCACAGGCACCUUUCCGAGAAGAAGGUUCCAGAGUUGCGGAAGCUGUGCAGUAAGGAGGGGAUUGAGUGGUCAAAGAAAGACGUAGCCAUUGGAGAAUUGGUAAAGUGCAAAGCGAAGCUUGCCUACGGUGAUUACGCAGAGAAUGGCCGGAUUGCGGAUCUAUUWKAGAAAUGAUAAGGGAUUAGGAUGGAACAGUUACGGGAUGAAAUGAAUGCACGGAGGAAGG